UGGAGCUGCUGCCCAGACACAGAUCAUGGUGAGUCUAAGACUCUGACCCUUAGAUUUGUGCCUAACUCCAAAGACCUGCUCAGAGCUAGACCCCGAUUCUCACGCUGAGAAAGGGCAGAUAGUGGGUUACAAGCUUGCAAAUGGGACAAGGAAACCUUUCAGUGUAACUAUAGGCCAAGGCCUGCUUCUCCAGCUGGGGGUUAGUAGUUGGGGGUCUUGACCCUCACAGCUGCCCCCUUGAAAUGGGUGCUGACCCAACCCUCCACUUGGGGGUUGUGGCCCACCUCACCACCCAAAGAUUCCUGGGGUCUCAGCAUGUGGAAUGGGGGACCAGAUCCGUUCCCAGCCAGGCCCUGAUGUUGGCCUGGCCUUUGCAGAGUGGCGGGUAUGAUCUCAACCUCUUCGCCAGCCCUCCGGACAGCAACUUCCUGUGCUCUGUCUGCCAUGGGGUUCUCAAGAGGCCAGUGAGGUUGCCAUGCAGCCACAUAUUCUGCAAGAAGUGCAUUCUCCAGUGGCUAGCCAGACAAAUGACCUGUCCAUGCUGCAGGAAAGAGGUGAAACAGAAAAAGAUGGUCCAUGUGAAUAAACUCCGGAAGACCAUUGGCCGCCUGGAAGUCAAGUGCAAGAACGCUGAAGCUGGCUGUUUGGUGAUGUGCCCCCUGGCCCAUCGCAAGGGACACCAGGACUCAUGCCCUUUCGAGCUGAUGGCCUGCCCCAACAAUGGCUGCACAGUGCAGGUGCUGCGUGGGGCCCUGGCCGAGCACCGGCAGCACUGCCAGCAUGGUACCCAGGAGCACUGUCCCCUGGGCUGCGGGGCCACCCUGGGCCCAGCAGAGCGUGUACACCACAACUGCUACCGCCAGCUGCGCAAGGCCUGGAGCCAGCGCCAAAAGCGCAGCCAGUCGCUGGUGCUGUGCCUGCUACGGCGUAUGCGCAAGGUACAUCGCAUGACCAACCUCAUCCGCCAGCAGUUGGCCCAGCUAGAAGACUUCCUGGAGGACGACGCCCUGUUUCUGGGUGCUGAGCAAGAGGAGAUUGACGACACCCCAGGAGGCAGCAUCUGGGCUGAAGUGUGGGGGGUCCAGGGCCAAAGUAUCUUGUAAAUACAGGGGUAAAUAAAUGCGAGCCCUGGCCUGGCCCGCCCCACCGUCUCUGUGUUUGUUGGCAUCACUCAUAUCACAUUUGCUGCCCCCACCCCCGGUCUCUCCAGGCACUACUACCUUCACCCCCCAGGGACACUUUGGCAGUUCUCCCUGUACCUUUCCAAGUUCUUUCCCAUCACUGGCCUUCUCACUGGCUUUCCCCGCUGCCCAAAGGCUCUUCCCCUCAUUCUUGCUCGCCUGGCUUCUUUCCACUCAAAUGGAACGUCUCCUCCCAGAGGUUUCUCCAGUCUCCUUCCCAGUUACUUUUUACCAAUAUGCUUCCCAGCUUCAUAGCCAGUAGCACAAACGGCUCAAAACCCUGAGUUCAGAGUAAAAUAAAAGCCAACUCCUUACAAAGACAAACGAGGAACCCCCAUUAUCUCUGAUCUCCUACCCUUAUAUUCUUCUCCCUACUAAUUCCCUGCAGCCACACGGGGUUCUGUUGCUCCUCCUAACGCCACACCUGUGCACUAGCUGUUCCUUAUCAUGAAGCACUGUUCCCCUAGAUAACCACAUGGCUCCCUACUUCACCUACUUCAGGGUUUUGCACAGGUGUCACCUUCUGCAUGAAGCCACACAUUUAAAAUUGCACCCCCUGAACUCUGCUCCAUUCCUCCCUGAUUCUUUCUACAGCACUUAUCAUUAUUCAUUGCCCUUCUGCCCGGCCCUCACCCCCCUAACACGUGACCUACUCAAAAGCAGAGGUUCCCCCCAUCCCCACCCCCGUGUCUCCCAAGUGCAUUGAACAGCGCUUUGCACAUAGAAUGUGCUCAAAUAUUUAAAUGACUCUGAGUUACCCGAUUUAUUCAUUUACCUGCGUUAUUUCUCAUACCAGACACUGAGCCCCGAUGCAGGGCUUGAUACAAGGCUCUGUCUACUCACAGACCUCACCCAACCACACUCGCCCCCAAACCCCAGAAUGCCGAGGGGACACGACCCGAAACAUUUCUUACGAAUGCCUUUUAAAAUUUCCAUUAAAAGGCCGGAUAGUUAGCAACCCAUUCCCUCAGUCU